UUAAAGAAGUUUGGACUGGACCAGGUGUACGAGGGGCAGCUGGAGAUCACAGGAGAUGAAUACAACGUAGAGAGCAUUGAUGGCCAGCCAGGUGCCUUCACCUGUUACCUGGAUGCCGGGCUUACCAGAACCAGCACUGGGAACCGGGUCUUCAGUGUUCUGAAGGGAGCAGUGGAUGGAGGACUUGCCAUCCCACACAGCAUGAAGAGGUUCCCUGGCUAUGACUCUGAGAGCAAUGAGUUCCACCCAGACACUCACCGGCGCCACAUCUAUGGGCAGAAUGUGAGCGACUACAUGAAACAGCUGGCAGAGGACGACGAGGAGCUCUUCAAGAAGCAGUUCUCACAGUACAUCAAACAUGGUGUUGCUGCUGACAUGAUGGAGGAAAUCUACAAGAAAGCCCAUUCUGACAUCCGUUCCAACCCAGUGCCAGAGAAGAAGCCCCAGAAGGAGGUGAAGGUGAAACGCUGGAACCGUGCCAAGCUUUCCCGAAGCCAGCGCGAAGACCGCGUGGCGCAGAAGAAAGCCAGCUUCCUGAGAGCUCAGCAGGCAGAGGCUGCAGACUAA